AUGAAUUUAAUUAUGUACUCGUGGACAGAAGUCAGUGCUGAAACUAUUAAAAACUGUUUCACAAAAGCAGGAUUCUGUGAGAAUGAGAUGUCAGCUCCUGUGGAAAAUGUUGCAAGUGAUUUGCAAGAGUUUCAGGAAUUACUAGGCAGUGAUUUUGUCACUUUUGAGGACUUUGUGGCUGUGGAUGACAACGUGGCAGCCACAGGAGUACAAAGUAUUGAGGAGCUGACUGCAGUGAGAAGCUUGGAGAAUAAUAGUGGUAGCGAAAGUGACAGUGACAGUGACAGUGACAGUGACAAGGAAGAUGACCCUGUGCCCUCAUAUACAACGGCAGCUGAAGCCUUUGAAACAUUCAGGAGAUAUGUUAUGACCCAUAGACUUGAGGACAGAACAGUAGUUCUACUUGCUCAUUUGGAGCAAGAAAUGAUUGCCAUAGAGUCCUGGAGAAAUAGAAAACAAACACGCUUGCUUGAAUGUUUUAAAAACUCAUAG